GUCGGGAGGUGGGUGCUGGUCUCUGGAUCCGAGAGCUGGGGAGAGAGACCCGGGCCAGAUUGCUACCACUGAUCGAGGGUGAGAAAACUGAGAGGUCUCGAGUUGUGAAAUGACUUGUCCAUGGUCAUAGAUAGAUAGUAAAUCAUAGACCGAGGACUGGAAUUCAAACUUCCUGACUCCAAGUACAAGAAAAAUUCCCAGUCGGAUGCCCUUCUUCUUGGUGUGGCUUACAGCGUCUUCCCCAGAUGGCCAGCUGGGAGCUUCUGCAGCGGCUGGAUCGGCCUUUCCAGGAGCGGCUGCAUGAGCUUUAUUCGGCCAGUCUCUUGCCCAUGGAUGUCCGGAAACACCUAGCUUCUUGGAUUGAAGACCAGAACUGGCACCAAGCGGUCAUGGACCCUGAUACAUCUCAUGCCUUUUUGCUCUUCCAUCAUCUCCUGGACGAGCUGCGCUCCCAGUCUAACAGCUGUGGUCAGGAUUCUGGCCUCCUUCUACAGCACAAUCUCAGAAAGUUCUGCCGGGACAUUCAGGCUUUGUACCAGGACAAUCCCACCCAGCUGGCUGGGCUGAUUUAUAAUCUGCUGCUGGAGGAAAGAAAUAUCCUUCAACAGGCACAGAGGAGCCAACAGGACCAGGCAGACACUGGCUCUGAGGUGCCCAUGGAGACGAGGCAGCAGCAAGAGAUUGAGUCUCGGAUCCAGGAGCUGAAGGACAUGAUGAAGAAGCUGGUGAGGGACGUUUAUCAGCUGAUCGACCUGCAGGAUGUCUUCUCUUUUCGGUACAGGACACAGAACCCCGCAGCAAAGACUUCUCCCAUGAAUGCCAGCCAGACCAGGCAACAGCAACUCCUUCAGGAGACACUCAAUGAGCUGGACCGAAAGAGGAAGGAGGUGUUGGAUAACUCCAAAGCAAUCCUGGGUCAGUGUACCACACUGACUGAGCUCCUGCUGCAGGAGCUGGAGGAGUGGAAAGGCCAACAGCGAAGGGCCUGCAUUGGGGGCCCUGUAGAGCAAGGACUGGAUCAGUUGGAGAGCUGGUUCACAGCUGGGGCCAAGAUUCUAUUUCAGCUAAAGCAGCAAUUGAAGGAACUUGAGGAUCUGAGCCAUAUAGUCACCUAUGAGAACGAUCCCCUGAAAAACAAGCUGCCUUUAAAGAGGGUCACGGAAUUAUUGCAGCAUCUGCUCCAUAGUGCCUUUAUAGUGGAGUCUCAGCCUCAGAUGCUUUUGUCUAUCAAACGACCUCUCAUCAUCAAGACUGGGAAUAAGUUUUCUGUUCAAAUACGGCUCUUGGUGAGGCUGCAGGACGGGAACGAGUCCCUAACUGUUCAUGUCUCCAUUGACAAGAAUGCUCCCCAAGGGAAAGGCUUCCGAGCAUUCAAUAUCUUUGAACAGAAAACCUUGACUCCAGAGAAGGGGAGGAACCAAGGCCUGGUCUGGGACUUCCGCUACCUGAGCCUGAAGGAGCAGAAAGCGAACGGCUCUGGCAAGGGCUGCGCUGAGGGACUGUUUGCGGUGACCGAGGAACUUCACAUCAUUAACUUCACUGUUGAGUACUCCUACCAGGGGCUGAAAUUAGAGCUGAAGACCAAUAGUCUUCCCGUGGUGAUCAUCUCCAACAUGAACCAGCUGUCCAGUGCUUGGGCCUCUGUUCUCUGGUUCAAUCUGCUCAGCCCCGACCCCGAGAAUCAGCAGUUCUUUUCCAGUCCCCCCAAGGCUCCGUGGACGGUGUUGGGCCCAGCUCUCAGCUGGCAGUUCUCUUCCUGUACUGGCCGAGGCCUUGACCAAGAGCAGCUUCACAUGUUGAAGAAAAAGCUUUUUGGGAAGGAGCCCAAGAAAGAGCCCCUGUUACUGUCCUGGCCUGCUUUCACCAAGCAAGAGAGCCCUCCCGGGAAGCAGCCCUUCUGGACCUGGCUGGACAAGAUCCGGGACUUGGUGCACAGCCACCUGAGUGACAUCUGGAGAGACGGGCACAUUAAGGGCUUCGUGACCCGGAAUCAAGCAGAGCGGCUCUUGAAGAAGAAGCUGCCUGGAACGUUCUUGCUGCGGUUCAGUGAGACCUCGCUUGAGGGGGGCAUCACGUGUUCAUGGGUAGAACAUCAGGAUGACGACAGGGUACUUGUCCAGUCCCUGGAGCCCUGCACCAAGGAAAUGCUACAGGUCCUCCCCAUGGCAGACGUCAUCCACCGUUACCAGAUAGUGGCCGAGGAGAACAUGCCCGAGAACCCGCUGUGCUUCCUGUACCCUGGUAUUCCCCGGGACGAAGCUUUUGGCCGCUAUUACCGGGAGAAAGAUGAUCUUGUGAGCCCGAAGAAAUACCUAAGACGCGAGCUCAUCAUGGUGUCCACCAGACAGGUGGACGAGGGGCAGUCGCCACACUCGUUAGAGCAGCUGGAUGUGCUGGACUGGGAUGUGGAGCCCCAGGCAGAGUGGGGGCACGAGUCAGAGCUGCCCCCGGACCUGCAGAACCUGGGGGCGGACCUGCUGACUCUGAAUAUGAACGACAUCGAGGGUGCUCUGAACAGUGAUGAACUGACCUGCAAGGCUCUCCUGCUGAGAGAUGACCCCGUGCUACCUAUGCUGCCCCUCGGAGAGGAGACCCCUUCCUCCUCUGGGAGCCCCUUCCUCAUGGAUGUCGCCUCUACGUUCGAGAUCCCUAAAUACUAAGACUUGGCUUUUCCCUCGCUCUCACUACGAUGGCUGUUCUGUGGAGAUUGAGAGCCUGGGUUUCCUUUGUUUUGAGAGGAAGAAUUAGGAAAAGGAAGAAACAGCACUUCCCAGCUCCCUCUGCUCUCUCAGGCCCAGUGUCUACUGGUCUCUUCUUUGUGAAGUCCUGGGCCUCCAGCUGUUCCUCGGGCGGGAUGAACAAGCUGCCUCGUUUGACCUUGUGAAGCUCUCUCCUAAAGUGGGAGCUGCAUGGAUAGAGCCAGUCAUGUGGCUCUCUGGUCAUCCAUGUUGACCAAGCACUUUCCUCAUGACAAUGAGCAGUACAAGCCUUACUGAAUUCACUUUACAAAUGUGGAAGCCUGAACGCAACACGAUACAAGGACUGAUCCAGGGUCACACAGCUCUGUGACUUCCAUCCCAGACUGUUCUGUAUACCUGGGCAGCCUUCCUGGCACUCUUAUAUGUGAACUUUGAUUGCUGGAACCUCUUAGUGAUGGGUGGCUAUCACUCCUAUUCUGAGACUUCAAAAACUAAUAAUAAUAAACUGUGUUCUCUAA